UGUGUCGGGAUCCAAUAUGGCGGAUCGUUCGAAACGUUAUAAGAAAAUUGACUUUCUUGGCGAGGGUCAGGUUAGUCGCAACUCAUGACGUUCAACUUUAAAAUGUAAGAGAUGUAUUCUAUACUUCUCAAUGCUUAUUUCUGUUUGUAGUUUGCUACCGUUUAUAAAGCUGAAGACCAGCAAACUGGACAAAUUGUAGCGGUGAAAAAGGUAUUAAAAUUGGGCCAUUCCAUUUAAUAUAGGCACCCCCUCCCCCCCUAUUGAGGGGUCUGGAUAUCCUAUGGGGGGAAGGGGUUUUUUUACCUUAAAAUUUCCUAGAGUGUAGCUUAAGAAAUUUUCCAAAAAAUAGUAAAAAUUAGAUGUUUUAGUGAUAUUCAAGGGGGUAAAAACGAUAUCCUAAAGGGGGUAUAAAGAAAUCCAUGGGGUAACUUCCAAAAAUCGCAUCCGGUUCUAAAAUUUUUAGAUCCUAAGGGGAUUAUGAAGGGACCCCUCAAUAGGGGGGGGGGUGCCUAUAUUAAAUGGAAUGGCCCAUUGUAAAUAUCAUGAUUUGGGGCUUCUUGCUCGAUGGAACUAACAGUUGAAGGGUUUAUAUAGAUGGAACCUUUGAGCGGCAGACUAUAUAUCUUAUACUGGCAUCACCCACUAUCUUUAAACAAGAACUUGUGGUUAGAUGGUAUUGGUUUAUGAGAUCCAAUGAGGUCCAGAGGGUCUAGAUGGGGGAGGGGGUCUGAUAUAAAUCAGUAAACGGUACAAUUUUGGUAUUUUAAUUGUUAAAAAUUUUGGUAAAAAUGUUAGUAUUUUAAUGGUAAAUCUUUGAAUCUGUUGAAUGAAAAGUGUUCUGAAAUGAUAAAUAGUACUUUUUUCUCACACUAAAGUUACUAAACAAUAAAAUUUUUAAUUUUUUCACGACUGACGGUAACCGAAAUUGAGUGAAUCACAACUCACAAUAUACCCCAUCACCACCCUCUUUAUAGAGUGCUGCACUGGAACUGCAGGGCCGCAGUUUAGAUUCCUGCCUGAGGGCCUAUGGGUGCAAUGCUCCCUGAUGCACCCUACUUUAUUAUUUUACACUGCCUAACACCAGACAAUUUUACUCAUCAAUUAGGGAAGAGUGUUGUCACUCAGUGAGUAAUUAAGGGGGCUUCUUGUGGGGAUGAUCAUGGGACCUAACUCUAAUUUGUAUGCUAACUACUAGCUAGUACAUGGACUAUACCAGGAAACGUUGACAAUGAGAAACAAAACAAAAUUUGGGUAUUUUUUCUUUUAAAGAUCAAGCUUGGAAAAAGAAGUGAGGCCAAAGACGGUAUGUAAAUAUAAAAUGCUUUGUUGAAAAACCAUUUGAAAUUUUAAGAAUAGUAAAUUAUAUUAAAUGUUUUUAACAACUUGAUGUAUACUUGAUUUAAGGAUUUUGUUUUGUUUAUCAGGCAUUAAUAGAACUGCCUUGAGGGAAGUUAAACUGCUGCAGGAAAUUUCACAUGAAAACAUAAUUGGUGUAAGUAGCAUAUACACUAAUUUAUUUCUUGUCUGUUAUGUAAAGACAGUAGCUUGUUCAUAGCCAGGGAUGGAUUUACUGGAGGGGUGGGGGGGGGGCUGCGCACCUCCUAGUCCUGGCCAGAGGGGGUGCUAUUUUUCAUGAUAAAGCAAAAAAGACAAAAUGAAAUACAGUAAUUUGAGUAAUAACAUGAUGAUAAGUGAACUGUGAACAACAAUUACAAUUCAAAUACAGUAGUUGAUGGGCGGGCAGCACACAUGACCAACACAACUCGGCAGUUGGCACCAGAGCACCCCCCCCCCCUACCAGAUCAUGCUGGAUCCAUCCCUAUUCAUAGCUAGUAAUUCUAACCCACUACAGUCCGGAAAAUUUGAAGCUUGUCAAAGUCCUGCAAUGCUAUGUUUGAGUUUUACCAUGUCCUGGAGUAUAUGAAAAAUACGGUCUUGGGAAACACAAUGUCUUUGGAAUAUGUGAUUACUAUAGAAUGAUAUAAUGGUGCUUCCAACUGCUUCAAAGUUGCAAUUUCAGAGGUAGAAUCUGAUCUAAAAAAUGCCCCGAGGUGCUGAUGUGGCUCAAAUUUAGCUCAAUAAAUUAUCUUUUUUUUCCACCAUCACUGCUGAAGUUGUGUAUCUAUUACAGUUGUUUUGAUAUUCAUGUAUAUAUAUUUACCAUUGAUAUGUCAUGAUGCUCUUGUUUUCAUUUCCAAUAAAGUUGCUGGAUGUAUUUGGACAUAAGUCUAAUGUCAGUCUGGUGUUUGAUUUCAUGGAAACAGAUCUGGAGGUAUAAAUGAAAAUAUGAUACAUUGUUUUAUAUUGAUGAUGUUGUUUUGCACUGUCAUUUUGACCGGCCACAUUUUCAUACCUUCCAAUGUGAUUGCUGACGUCCUGAAUUAAAACAUGAAACUAUGAUGUAUCGAAACAAGUUUCUAAUAGACCAGUAAUUUGUUUCACUGUUGGUGUAAGCGUAUCAAUGACCGGUCAAAAACAGAUUUUGACCAAGCUAAAGUCAAGUUGACCGUUCAUUUUGACCAGAGACCUAUCUCCCGUUAUUUUGAGCCCUGGUUAUUUUACAUUGUUGUUUCAUACAGUAUUGUUGUUUUUGUCAUUGUUGUUGUUUUAUGUUGUUGUUUUAUGUUGUUGUUUUAUGUUGUAAUUGUUUUAUGUUUAAACUUAUAGUUUUAUUUUGUUGUUGAGCACCAAACUUUGCUCUCCUUCAGGUAAUAGUAAAAGACACAAGUAUCAUGUUAACACCAGCACAUAUAAAGAGUUUUAUUUUAAUGACCUUACAAGGACUGGAAUAUCUUCAUCUUAACUGGAUACUUCAUAGGGUGAGUCAGAAUACUUUGUCGAUUAAUACGAGAAUGUCUUUUUGUAAGUAAUUAAAAAUUUGUGUAUAAUAUACAUGUAAAUUCUUCUUUUUCUUUAAAGGCUUAAUUUUCUGGUCCAUCGUUUCCGCACGACUACUUAUGUAUAAAUCCGAUUAUCUUUUGCGAUUUGUCUAGGACUUAAAACCAAAUAACUUGCUGAUAGAUCAACAUGGCAUUUUAAAACUUGGAGAUUUUGGCUUGGCAAAAUACUAUGGCAGUCCAAACAGAAUCUACACGCAUCAAGUUGUGACGAGGUAUUAUUAGCCCGAUACGAAAUACAAGCAAUGAAUGUAUUUUUAUAAUUAACGUGUUGUUUCAGAUGGUAUCGCUGUCCAGAAUUAUUAUUUGGUGCUCGGAUUUAUGGUACAGGUGUUGACAUCUGGGCUGUUGGAUGUAUCUUGGCCGAACUACUUUUAAGAGUAAGCAGUUGCAUAUCAAUUAUAAAAUUUUAUGACCCUAAAAGUGCACGAUCGAUCAAGUUGUAACAUAAGCUCCAAGGUGUAACGUGUUUAAAUAAGUCAUCGCCAUCAUCAUGCACCACUAUUUAUUAUCAUCACCAUCAUCAACAUUAUCACCAUCAGCAUCACCAUCAUCACCACUAUCAUCAUUACCAUCAUUAUCAUCGUUCUCAUCACCACCACCAGGGUAGCAGAGCAGAGCGGAGAAGGUAAUGGUAAGGGGAAAGCAACUGCACUCAACUGGAAUACGAACAUCAAAUUUGAGAGGAUGCCAAAUCUCUCUGUCACCCUCAUAAUGCUUUAUUAAUAUAGUUAGCGUUUCAAUAAUUUUCUUGUGUAUUUAAUGACAUUAUUUCGUAGUAGUUAAUAACUCAUUUGUUCGGCAUUAUUAUCUUGACAGAAUUUUCAAUUUUUGUAAAUUUGUAUGAUUUAUAUAUUAGGUACCAUUUCUACCAGGGGAGUCAGAUUUGGACCAACUCAGUAGAAUAUUUCAAGCACUUGGCACGCCCACUGAAGAUUCGUGGCCGGUAAGAUGUGGUUAGAAAUCAAGUUAACAACUACGUAACGUGAUACAGAAGCAGCAGCAACAACAACAACAACAACAACAACAGCAGGACGAUCACUUUUUAAGGAAUCAUAGAAAUUUUGAACUUCCUGUGUUUACAGUAAAACGAACAGACUUAAUGACAGUUUAUCAUGCACAAUUCUAAUAUACAUUUUAGAUAAUGAUUUGAUUUUUUUAAUAUUUUUAAAUGUAAAUAGGGUUCAUAGCAUAUAUCUAUCUAGGAACAGCAACAGCAGCAACAACAACAGCAACAACAACAGCAACAACAACGGCAACAACAACAGCAACAACUGUUACAACAGCAACAACAACAGCAACAACAACAGCAACAACAGCAGCAACAACAAAAACAAUAGCAACAACAGAAGCAGCAGAAGCCACAACAGCAGCAGAAGCAACGGAAACAACAACAGGAAGAGAACAAUAACAACUGCGGUGACAAAAAUGACAACACAACGACAACAACUACCAAGAAACAAACGACAAGGACAACAAUAACAGCAAAAACAACAAUUAAAACAAUAAAACAAUAACAGUAGUAACAUCAACAACAACUUUCACUUACAAUUUGCACUUAAGAAACUAACAACCCGACAUAUGAUUUGUUUGUUUGCAUAUAGGGAAUGAAAACUUUGCCUGACUACGUGGAAUUCAAGUCAUUUCCAGGCACACCUCUGAAAGACAUCUUCACUGCUGCUGGUGAUGAUUUACUUGACCUGUUGGCCAGAUUACUGGAUUGUAAUCCCAACGGUAGAGUUUCAUCAAGUCAGGUACUGUAACUACAAAUUUGGGGGUAGUACUGUACACUCUAAAAAAGCCUGGUUAAAAGUUAACCUAGGGCUCAAAAUUUUCUGAAAAAGAUUACAAUACAUAGGAAAAAGUAAAAAAAAAGCUGACUGAAAAUUGCUGCAAAAUGUAGAUGUUCUGAUACUUUUUCUAUAUACCUCUGGGCCCCUGGUUAUUUAUCUACCUAACAUUAAUUGUCCGGUUAAUUAACCAGGACGGCUUAAUUAACCAGGACGGCCUGGUCAUUAGCUAGACUGUAGUAUGAAAAAAGUUACCAUAACCUGCAAACCUAACCAAGAAUAUUUUGUAUUGAUAACAAACGCUACGUUUUUAUUUCUAAGGCUUUACAGAUGCCAUAUUUCUCCAAUAAACCAGCGCCUACGGCGCCAAAUUUGCUGCCUACGCCAAAAUUGCCGGGAGCCGUCAUCAUUAAAGACGACGAGAAAGCCAAAAAACGAAAACUGGCUGGCAUUGCUGAAGCAAAAAACGGUGAGUAAAAUAUAGACACAAGAACAAUGGACAAGAGCAUGUUCACAAGAACCUGGUUUGCUGGGAAGCUCACCUAAGUGCCAAUGAGACGAAGUAUUUCUGUUGCAAUAAUAUACAUAAAAAAAUUUUCAAUUCUGAUUGAACAGUGCAAUUUUUUCAAAAUAACAAUACCAAAAAAUGAAAAUACAUUUUUAUUUACAUUUCUUGAUAUUUUUUAUUUUUCAAAUUUCUUAAUUUUCUUCUCAAAUUUCUUAUUUUUCGCGUUCCAUAAUUUCUGGAAACUGGUUCUCAGGUUCUGGUAUUUUUUCAAAUUUAGUGCAAUGGAUUACUUUUCUUUUUUAACUUUUUUUUCAGUCGGUAGCAAAAGGCUGGUGUUUUGAAGUUGUGGAUUGCCAAAAAUCGAAUGUGGAUAAUGAAUUGACGGAAGGGAGAGGCUGGUCGAAGACACGAGAGUUAGAGUAAUUGAUGGUCUGGCAGAAUGGAUUAAAAUGGCGUGAGCUAGCAAAAGAGAUUAAAAUGUCCAGUACUGACAGUAGCAAGAAAAAAUGAAGACGUGAAGACUAUGAAAAAUGAAGAGUAUUUAUAAAAAGAAAACGAUUGACCGCGAUAGUUCCCGUCAAGUCGUAACUAAAUAGUUAUACUGAGUUUGAUAAUUGGAAUUCCUAAUCCUCGCUCCUCCCCCUGGAGGGGGUGGGGGAGUACUUGUCUAACUGAUUUUGAUUGAAUUGAAUUUACAAACGUUGACAACAAAAAAUAGAAGAAAAUACAAUUUAUUAAACGCUUGUCAUAUAACAAUACCGGUACACAACAUGUAUAUAGCGUGAAAUUGUUGUAUUUCUUGGCUUCGAUCUCGAGGUCAAACAGUCAAUGUUGAAACAGUUUUCAGAUUGUUCCAUUGUCUUUGUGCAUGAUUGUUCAUGUUUCUCUUCAUGUGCCGAAUGUGUGACUCGAUGUGAUGGCCAAGAAAUGUUUGAGUUAUUUUAUACAUGCAAAAGGUUUGUUCAAUAUUUUUUUGCAAAUAUAAAGAAAAACAUGUCACCGAUUGUCGAACAAACAAC